UUACAUAUUUUGUUCAUUUGUUUAUUUGGUGAAAAGUAAAAUUAUACAAUGUGAAGGUUAUGCAUGCAACCAAUCCGAUCUAAAAAUUCAGUUAAACUUUUUAUCGGGGCACCAACCCAUACAUAUUUGUAAACAACGUUUUCCCCUGCUACGCUGUAUACGAGAAGAGGUCAUCGAUCGAGAGUGGAGAUGGUUUCCGGGGGCACGGGGGAAUAAAAACGGCUUCCCGCGUCGAAACCGAGAUCAGUGAGUACAACCGAGUCCGAGAAGUGUCCCGCGGCAGCGAAAUCCCUUCGCUAUAUUGGGAUAGUGCGUUUCACUCGUUUCCCCUGAAAUUUAAAGUGGGAUCUAAAAGAUCCGAGGCACGAUCCGCCAGAACAACUACACGAUCGUUAAUUUCUGGCCGGGUCAAUCGAGUGGGGUCGAAGUGUAGUGUUCCGCUGGCAAAGGCCGGGGAAAAACGAUUCACUGAAGAGAAACGAGUGCUACUUGUGGUCAAAAGAUACCAAUACAAAAGACGUCUUGAAGACCUGUGCAAAAUUUAGACUAUAAACCUCACUCGAUAGUGCAAAGUCGCUCGCGAAAGCUUGUGUGCACAGUAUACCACUCCCGGACCAUCGUUCGGAAACGCAGGCCACACGUUACACGUGUAAAAUGCUAAUGAAGUUCCUCAUUUAAUCGUGUCCAACGAUUUGCUAAGGUAGCCACCAGCGCUUACGCUCACUCUCCCGAUCGGAGAUGAGGUGACUGAGAGUUUUCGCGAAAGCUUUAAUGUGAGUUCCAUCUCAAGAUCUCAUUUAGAUUGCGAUGAGGAUUGGCAAACUCCGAUCGUGUAGUUUUAAUUUGGCACUGUUCUGCAAUUUUGCCUUGUAACAAAAGGUAGCAAUUGCAGAGUUCACGAAAGAAUGAUCGCCGAUCGAGAUCGAUAUGCGUGAGCGAGAGGGGUGCACAAUUCAAAAGUUUUCCGAAGGAAAAUAUACCUACAUCUUCGGGUGCUAGUUUCUUUUUGUCCAUCCGUCCAUCACUUGUUAUCGCGUUUAUCGAACCAAUUUUGUAGAAAUCUUUAACCAAGCUAGUCGAAGAUCAAAAGUAGAAGAAUCCCACGUGAUUUUUAGAGGUACUAGAGAUACCAAUUGAGCCUCGAAAUUGUAAGUCAAAUAAAUGAUAGUUGAACUUGCUUGUAUCUAAAUAGUAACAUUAGUUUGCAGAAAGCAAUGUAAAUUAAAUAUAAAUAUAAAAUCACGACCGUGUGAAACCAUAAAAUCUGUCAGACAACCCGCUGUUCACGUGGGUUAUUAGGUGGAGUCGAAAAAUCCGCAUUAGAUUGAGCCAAAUGUGUAUAUAGUCCUUCCACAUACCACGGCUUGCGUCUUGAGGGUAAACGCCAUUGUGAACAACCGGAUGUCAUACUCCUCGUGUAGUUCCGGUGGACGCCAAAGCACCCACGGAAAACUCCACGAGCACUCAUCGGGUUGACUUUGGGAAAACCGCCUUGCGGCAUUGCCACUCCACGUCACAUCACAUAAAAUCAUCGGCCUCUGACAGCAUACUAUUUGGCGCAUCUCCAAACAACAUCGCACGCCGCAAGCUUCGCGUUCGUCGCCAUCUACCGGUCCACCUCCGAUACGAGCCAAGCGGAGAACGCCGCUGUUACUGCUCAUGCGGUAGCGAAACCUCGAAUCGCCGGUUGUGAAUAUUCUUCGUCGAGCAGCUCGAAUGCUGCUGCCAUCUAGUUCCAGGCCGCCGUUCUCAACAACUUUGAUAGUAAGUGCAAGCAAACUUUAUAUCAUAAAUGCAUAGGGGUGACGUCACUAGUAGAAAACCGAUAUUGAACCCUUUAACAGCUAGCUAGCGAGAUUUAGGCCUCUGUACGGAAACUGAAAAAUGCAAUAUAAAUAUGAUCUACCAGUUUGACUUUAAAGGAGAAUUUGACUAACGCAUCGUAAAGGUUCCCACAGUGUUCGUUCGGUAUAAAUUUUAAAUCUUUUAUUGAACGCACGGCUAUUGCAUAGUGAUCCCCUACUCGUGAUAAUUUUGGUUCGGGUUUGAUGAUUUUGUUUUCGGAUUUUGCCUUUGCUUUGGGAAGUCAAGAUGAUAUCGGGUGUUUGAGCUUUUAAAAACCCGCCCAUAGAAGAGAGCCUCAGCCGGGCCCUUCCAAAACGCCACAGCAACCUCUUCCGAAGGAGGAGUGGCGCUUAAGUUGCUGGUGGUUACUAAACUCAGGUUCGUUCGUUACAUUUUGGCGCCCAAACGUGGGGCCCAAAAUUUGAAAGUAUUGGUCCCGGAUUCAGUUAGUAGUCGGGGAUAGUUAGUAGGGCUAAGAAUUAGAUGUUCCAGUUUAUUAAAUUUAAGACACGUAGAAGGAAUUAGUUUAGUUUAAAUCCACUCAAUUUUUUUUUGCAGAUAAUUAGUUAACCUUGGGUAGGUAAAGGUUGCCCAUUUAUUUUCGCUUAUAAAUUUGAUUAUUGCUAACUAUUAUGGACGCAUAUAGAAUAAAUGCAAAAAACCUUCAAGAAGAAGAGAUCGAUUAUGAAUUAAGCAUCCGUUCGCUGCCGGUGACCGAGUCUGUCGACGCAAAACGACGAACGUUACGUAAACUUCUUCGAGAAGGUGAGGACCCUACUAUUGUUCGGGCUUCGCUUUAUACCUUGUCAGCGGAUUACAUUGUGGUUCCGUUCAAGUUGAAAGAGAUUGAGCAGCUUUUGCGGCACGGACCUGCUCCGGAGUGUUUAUCUCGAUUAUUCCACUAUCAUAAGAGAAUUCGUAGAUACAAAUAACAAAACCCAAAUCAGCAGGAAAAUCAACAGUUACUUCUAGACUUGAUCGCCUUUCUCGCAGCUAGUAGUUUCGAAGUGAACCUUCCGGGAGCAGCUGCGAUGGUACCGACAAUUCAGGUCGUUCCCUUGUCAGUCAGUCCAUCAGAAUUGAAAUCUCCGACGUCAACCACUUCCAGUCAAGGUGCCGUUGAUACCCAGUUCGGAGUCCCUGUAAUACCGAAUCCAAUUUCGAACCAACAGAAUCCGCCGUGUGAAACUCGAGCGUCGACCGACACGUUGUCUACGCCUUUGCAGGUUACGGACUAUCAUGAGAGAGAAGGAGCUGUUGGUGGAGAAUGGCCUCAUCCAACACUGCCACCCCCGAAUCCUCCUACUCAAUCUAUUCUCAUGAACUUUGGGAAACCUGACAAUCGACGUCACACCCUUCCCAGUAACAUGAGAAAUUUUCCGUUAAAUCAAGCCUUUGAAGACGUGCGACAAGAGGACUUCACCCAACGGUCCCUGUUAACUCAAAAGGUUGACACGUUUGAGCAGCGUACACCUGCUGGGAACCCCGUUAGAACACUUUAUAAUUUGGGUGAAACGAACCACGUGGUGCAAAGUCAUUGGAUAGGCGGUAUCCAGAGACUGCCCAUUGUCCAAAAUCGAGUUGGACAACGAAUGUUAUCAAACCAACGAGAAACGCAGAUGGAGGAUCCUGCGCCACAGUCAGAAACGACCAGACCGAUCCUCAGGUCGAAUAUUAGAGAACCCCGACGAUCUCCGCAAAAUCCUGUAGGAGACGAAGUAGACAUGAAUGAGUACAUACAUGCAUCGGAGAUUGAGUCGUACAUUAAAUCCUACGUGGACCAGGCGUUGAAUAGAGAAAAUCGCACGGUGGUCAACGAGUCAGCGGUAGACAGACUCGCCAAUGAACUUGCUAAUAUGGGCAUGAACGCAAGAUUUCAGAUUUCCCCAGAUUCGGCCCCAACUAACAGAGGCCCUGAGCCGGUACCACCAUUACAGUUAUUGUCAAGCAGACAGCAGCCUCGGAAUACAUCUUACAAUAGAAUGGAAAAUAUAGUCACUAGUGAGCCAGCAUGGAUGCCACAGCGGAACGCGGGCCCUCCAUUGACUCAAGCGAGAGUCCUGACUCCUCAUUCGACGGAAGAACGACGUACCCUGCGCGGGGGACCUCCAAUACCUCCCUCAGCGGAAUACGGCCAUGCAAGACGUUAACCGCUUCAGCAGUGUAACAUCAUCGAGAAGUGGCCGAAAUUUAGUGGAGAUUCUAAUUUGAUCCCGGUCACAGAUUUUCUGCGGCAAAUGGAUAUUUUAUGUCGAUCUUACGCUAUCAGUAAGCAGGAGUUGCAAAUGCAUGCCCACCUGUUAUUCAAAGAAAGCGCAUAUGUGUGGUACACAACGUAUGAGUAUAAAUUCAAUACUUGGGAAACCUUAGAAAACUAUCUUAAGAUGAGAUAUGACAACCCAAAUCGUGAUCGCAUUAUCCGCGAGGAGCUGCGGAACCGUAAGCAACGCCCAAAUGAACUGUUUAGUGCCUUCCUAACAGAUAUAGAAACACUUGCCCAGCGUAUGAAUAAAAAAAUGACCGACCGUGAAAAAUUCGAUUUGAUUGUCGACAAUAUGAAAAUGAGUUAUAAACGUAGGUUGGCUUUGGAAACCAUUUACUCAAUCGAACAUUUGUCUCAGCUAUGCUUUAAGUUCGAUGCAUUAGAAUCGAAUCUGUAUACGUCUGGAAACCAAACCCGGCCGUCCGUGAACCAAAUAAUAGUAGAGGACGAGGCGGGGGAAGAAGGUGAUGAUAGGGAUAUAGACCAGGUGUUUGUGCUAAAUCAGAGUUCAAAUAGGACCGUUCGAGGACCUAUGGAAGGCAGAGGUGGACAGCACCCCCCAGGAGGUAUGACGAGAGGCAGAAGCAGCCACUGUGCUGGUACUGUUGGUAGAGGGGACACAUGUGGAGGGAGUGUGAUCAACGAAAGGCAAUCUUUUGUCACAUUUGUGACAACGUGGGCACAACUGCCUUCAAAUGCCCCAAUGAACACAACCUACGUGUUCGUGAGGAACAGGAUCCAAAAAAC